UGUUACCGUUGAUAUAUUUGAUGCCGAGUUUAAGGAAAGUAACUAUAAGUUAUUGUUAAUGAUAGAAAAUGCAUUUGGUAAAUUUUAUAGCGAGAAAAGCGUCAGUGACUGAUAGGCCUACCACUAUUCGAAUAUGGAUUGCAUGUGUAGAAGUGUCCAAGUGAGACAACAUGUAUUAGUAAAUUGAGACUUCAGAACUCACACAUGCAGCAAAACUACACAAAGAAGAACCGCUUCAAAAUGGAAGAAAACUAUUGCAAUAUAUUAUAAAGAAUCUUGAACAAUUUGAAUACGUUGCACAAAUUAUGACAUAUCUACCAGCAUGGUGAUGGAUUUGGGGAGGACAUCAUUCUUUUACCACCGGCCCUUAAAUGAACAUCUUUUACAGCUUUUUGUAGUCUUUAUUUGUAUCUGGAUGACAUUUUGUAGCAAAGAUUUAUGGGUAUUUGACCAUAACUCCACAGGUGAUAUGCAAACGAAGCUCACAUUGCGUGAUAAAAUAGCUGUUGUAGGGAAAGUAUUCCUGUAUCACAUUCUGUAUAAAAAUGAGGAAAGGAGUUCUUCUUUACAGGUAACUGAAGCCGGGAGUGAAUCUCUUCCUGAUUGGCUGAAAUUUAACAGAGAUGAUUCAACACUGUAUGGCAUUGCAACUGUGCAGGACAUAGGAUACCAUUAUAUCAGUGUCACCAUCACGUCUAUGAACAAUGAAUCCUCUAGAAUUAACUUCAGAGAUGUUUUCACUGUCGAUGUGAUUCUGAGCUCACCAGCUGCUGAAGAAUCAAAUAUUGGUUUUUAUGAUAAUUUCAAUAGCGAACCAUUCAUCAAGUUGACCUAUGAACCCAGGCUGGAGCCCUGUACACCCAAUCAGCCCCGUUUUUCAGCGACUAUUAUCAUAUCUACAUCUUUCCAGCAACUCAAUGGUCAAGAAAGGGUAGAAAUUGUCCUCAGAUUUGCUAAAUAUGUGUUUCGCAGUCCAGUUGAUCUCACCUUGAGUCCUCGAAAAAGUGCAAGUAUAACACGUCUUCUUAAGAAGUCUAUUGUGGCAGCUGGGCCUGGGAAUAUAGAUGGAGACUCAAAGGAAGAGGAGGGUGUUGAAAUAACAUGGACUCUAACUUGCAAUUCUCAAUUUCAUGUAGAUUAUUUUACAAGAAUAAUGGAACACAAUAUCUUAAGUGGCACUUUGGUUGAUGUCAUUGGAUACUCGGUACUUGGCUGGUAUAUCACCAGGGACGAACCGAAGAUCAAACCAUUGAGGUUCCGACGACAGGCAAAUGACAUAAUUAAUGAGACACCGGUACCAACUCCAAGUCAGACCAUGGUCCUUCCAACUAAAGUACAGAGCACAGUAUCUUUCUCUUUUCCAUCCACAUUGAUAAACUUUGAUUCCACCGUUACAAUUGAAUUUACUCAGUCUACCUUAAUACGGACUGUAAAUGUUUCUAGUGCUUCAUCCUUCAUGACAUCCUCACCAUUUUCCUCAAGUCCAGUUGUUCUGACAUCUUCACCAGCCUUUGCAUCUAGUUCAUCAGAUGCUAUAUCUGAUAUAGUUAUGACUAUGUUUUCUUCAGGAUCUAUUUCGUUGCAGACAUUCCUGACAUUCUCACCAUUCUCCACAAGUCCAGUUUUCCAGAUGUCAACAUCAUCAGUUGUUACAACAUUGGAGCCUGCAUCUUCAUUCAUUCCUGGGUUGACUGCAUCAAUUUUCAAUGAAACCGUUGAACUUUCCUCUACAACAUAUGUCACUAUAUCACCUUCAAUACCAUACUUACCAUUUACCUUUUCUCCAGUUGCCUUAAGCUCUCAAACCAAUCCUGAAAUGAGUUCUUCAGCUUUUCGUGAUUACAGCAGUAUGCAGACAUCCUUCACCACAUACGACUCAACAAGCAUGUUCACAGAACCGUCCACUUUUGUGGUUCGGAUUUCUACUGAAUCGCUCACAAUUUCAAGCUUAUUGCUCAAGUCUGACUUAUCAGCAUCAUCACUUGUAAAGACAUCUGUACCAGAGACAUUGCAACUAAUAACUUCAUCGGAAUUUGAAGUCUCGACAACUCCUCUUUUAUCAUCUAUGUUAACUCCCUUCUCUUCGUUUAUGUCUCCUAGUAUGUCAUCUGAAUUCUACAGUCCACAUGAAACGUUAUCUUCAACUCAAUUUCAGUUAUACUCAUCCACUUAUAGUCCUAGUUCCAGCUUUUUUUAUCGACAGAUGCUAACAAGUUCUUUUGAGUAUAACUUGGCAACUAGUUCCUUAUUAGAGGAAUAUAGUUUUCCAGUAUCUUUCACUGUGUCAUCUUCGCAACUGUCAACGCCUGUCUCUAGCAGAUUGAUGGAAUUGUCAACAAUGAUUAUACCAUCAUCAUUCUCACAGUCAGUAACUAUAGACAGCAGAGUGUCAUCAGUGCUACCAACAUCAUCUCUGUUAGCAUCCUCCGUAAAGGAAUCUAGUAUUUCAUUAUCAUCUGCAUCCUCAUCUGCUAUUCCUUCAUCAAGUUUUGAAGGUUACCUAACAUCCUCACCAUCGCUUGUCACUUCAAGCUCGAUGGAAACCUCAGAUGUAUUUCUCACUAUGUCACCAACAUUGCCAUUAUCCAUCCUGCCAUCAGUCUCUAUAUCAUCCAAAAAAAUUGAAAUAGUGACAUCAUCUCUUAAAUUCACUUUAUCUUCAUCACAACUAGUUUCAACAUCUAUUUACUUCUCCAGCAGUUUGAUGUCAACGUCAAAAUUUAUUACACCAAUGCCAUCAUCAUUCCCACCAUUAACAACUGUAGCUCCAUCAAUGCAUCCGACACCAGCUCUGUCAACAUCUUUCAUGGCACCGUCAAUUAAAAUCCCUCUGACAUCAGUCCAGCAAAUGAUAUCAUCUGAGAUCAUGCCAACACCAUCUAUUUCAAGUGUGAUGAUUUCAUCUAGUUUGCUAGUAACUCCAGAACCAGUUAACCAAGGGCCUGUUGUCCUCAAUGCUAUUAAUCACAUCACAAUCCUAAUUGGACGAGUUCUGACCUUCAAUAUUCCUGCUGACACUUUCUACGAUCCAGAAGAUGGAGAUACACGCAACCUAGCACUUGAACUACUAACAGGAGAUAAUCAGCCUAUAGAGGGCUCUUCAUGGGUCAGGUUGGAUGCCAAACUACAAAUUAUAUAUGGAUUAGCAUUAGAUACCAUGCUAAUUGACCAGAAAAUUGUGUAUAAUCUUUUUGCAACAGAUUCUGAGGGAAAAAAUGUAUUUGAUGCAUUGUACAUUGAGGUAGUGCCAGACCCUUAUGUGUACACGCACCAAUUCCUCAUCACAUUUAGCAAUAACUAUGAUGACUUUUCAAGAGAUGUUAAUAAUGCUAUUGAUGUUUGCCAAAGAUUAGCUGAUUACUACGGUGAUCCAAGCACAGAUAAGAUUACUGUAUUGUCCAUUAGUGAGGGAUCCGUUGUAUAUGUAUAUGCUAACAAUAGUAUUUCCAACAGAAUUUGUGAUAUGGACGCGAUUAAUAGGGAGUACAGUCGGCUAGCCUAUGCAAAUGGAUCAGUUAAUGUCGGUGUUAAGAUCGUCAUGCAACCAAAGUAUCCAGUUGUAUCAGUCCAGAAACAUUUAAAGGGAGUAUGUUUACUGAAGCCACAAACCACCAAUGUACCAAAUGUAAUUUCAGAAAUACAGCGGAGCAGUAAACAGAUAGUCUCCAUCACCAUACCCGCCUUUCUGUGCGCUUUAUUACUUUUAUUGAUUGGUAUUUGUGUCUGCUGCUGCUACAAACGCAAACGACACGGAGAGGAAUUCCUGCUACGUGAGGAAAGAGACAUGUUUGUUCGUAACCGUAAGCCAAUAUUUCUGGACAAUGAACUUGAGCCUAGGCUGACAAAGGCAACAAAACCAGUGGUGUUGCCAAAAGAUAUCUCGCCUUUCCAACCCAGUCCAAGGACUGGAAGUGCACCACUGGAAUCUAGGCCGUCUCCGCCAUCAUACCUAAAUGAAGCAUAUGAGAAGGACGACCCUGACAAUGGCAUCCCCAUGCCAUUUUUCCCCCCACCAGCUUACUCCCUGCAGCCUACUUUCAACCGACUCCCUUUAUCAUACUUAGACCCACCAGGCUAUCGUUUACCACCAGCAUAUGAAUCGGAAGAUGUAGGGAUGUUUGAAACAUCAAAGAUUUAAAGAAUCAUAGAAUUAUAUAAGUAUUGAGAAGUACAGAGUUCACCUUGCUUCAUUCUUAAGCCCAGUUAAAACUAUCAAAAUUUCUUUCACCUGUAUACCAAUGGCUUAGCCAGCGAGCCGUCCAGCCGUCUUUUGGAUGGCCAACAAUUACUUUAGAACGGCCACUGGACAGUGAUAAAAAAAAUCAUGUUAAUACCAUUCUGCUCAAAUCUGUUAAAAAUGAUUGAUUCUGUACUUAUGUAAGGUUUAGUUGUUUUACACUUGUUUAACUAGUUUUGAUUAACUUUUUUGUAAUACAAUUGACAAGUGCUGUUAUUAUGGCUUCCAAUUCUGAACAAAUUGACAUGCGUUGAUACUUAAUUUUGGGUUCUUCUUCCUACUGGCUGUUUUUGAGGGAAAUUCUACUUUCCGUUGUAACCCACCAGCCAUUAUGAACAAAAUUUCACAUUGUCUUAGCACAAGCUUUCAAGUUCUGUAAGUUUGAACUAUAAUAUAACUAGAUUAAACUUUUAUCAGUAUUGUUACAGUACAUGAGGUUUUAUUAAACGUCUAGCUGGUUCUAGAGGUUUAAAGAUUUUAAAGGUUAAACGCUAUACAUUUAUACGUACUUUACUUGCAUUCUAGUCUUGUAUGAUACCUUUGAUAAUUGUUUCAAAUUUAUUUGGUACAACCAAUUCAAUACAGUAAGUUCAAGCAGAAAUUUAAAUAUCAAUUUGUUUAUUAUCUUAAAUGAUAUUUUUACUGAUAAUGUAAUAUUUUGUAGUUAGAAAACAGAGUUUUUUAUAUGCAUUCCAGCCAAAUGUUUUUAAGCAAAUAUACCUAAAGUGAACCUUAAAUUUGUUUUAACUGUUCAUAAUUAUAUAAUCUACAGUACAUUUAUAUUAUGUAAUGUUUACUGUAUGCUAUUUUUUUACAAUAUUUAUUGUGUUGACUUUUUUAAAUGAUUUUGCUUUAAGCUGAGUUGAAUAUUGAUGCUACGUACUUAUAUUCCUGUCUUGUAUGAUACCUUUGAUAAUUGUUCCAAAUUUAUUUGGUACAACCAAUUCAAUACAGUAAGUUCAAGCAGAAAUUUAAAUAUCAAUUUGUUUAUUAUCUUAAAUGUUAUUUUUACUGAGUUUUUUAUAUGCAUUCCAGCCAAAUGUUUUUAAGCAAAUAUACCUUGUAAAGUGAACCUUGAAUUUUAUUUAACUGUUAAUAGUUAUAUAAUCUCCAUUUAUAUUAUGUAAUGUUUACUGUAUGCUAUUUUUUUACAAUAUUUAUUGUGUUGACUUUUUAAAAUUAUUUUGCUUUAAGCUGAGUUGAAUAUUGAUGCUUGUUUUGUUUAUGUGUAUUGUAUCUUUGUAUGAGGCACCCUUUAUUCCAGGUUACACUGCAAAGCUGGGCACACACCGCGUCAGCUGAGGGUCAUCUGAUGCAGUCCCAUUGAUACCACAAGGGUUAGUGUGUGAUGGAGGACGAUCCACUCACACUAAUACUCACAGUAAGCAAAAUGCAGUGUGUGCUAUUCUUAAAAGUGGCCCUCAAGAAAAUUUCAGGUUUUUUAAAUAAUUAAAUCAGUAAUGGAUUCAGGGAGAAGGAAGGGCACAGCCAACUCCCCCCCCCCCCCCCCCCCCCCCCCCCCCCCCCACUAAA